AUGAUAAAGGUAAACAGCCACCCUUAUGCGUGUGCUGUACUGCAAUAUGCUAACUUCCAGGCAGGAAUUGAACCCAUAGCUAUUUUGGUUCAUCCUCAACAGCCGCUCUCAUAUCUGGAGCGGCUUAUUCAGUCAGAACUACCACCAAUCAAAGGAGAGAAUGGGAAACUACGAGCGCCAGCAAUUUCAUUCAUCGUAUUGCAGAAUGACGACAGUGCAAUCAAACCAAGGCAGAAAAUCCCAGGAGACUUGGAUAUAGAUGCCGGACAUCACGAGGCAGAGCUGAAUGAGGGUAAAUUCGACAGCAAGAAUCAUCCCGGGAGCGGAGUACCUGCAGAGCGCCGACGACGAUCCAGAGAAGAAGAUGCAGAGACAUACAGCUAUCCACGCAGGAUCAACCCCGAGCCCAACUCCGACGAAGGCGAGGCUGAACGCUUUGUGCGGUGGUCCCAAGCCACAGAAGUGGGAGACUUCAUCCGCGACGCAGCGCGGGCGCGCAAAUUCAUCGUCACGAUAGAAGGGGCUCCAUCUGGACUGGGCCAGAUCCAAAUUGGAGUCCCCUCGUUCAGUGAGCGCACGCAUUUUCUUCGCAUGCGGCUGCGCAAGCUCUCAGGGCGGAUUCAGGGCAUUGCUGAGAUCAAGCACAAAUGUGACACGCUUGCUCACCGCGGCGCGCAGCGAGUGGCUAUCGGUGGGUUCGGGAUUCUGUCGACGUGGUGGUACAUAGUGUACAGAUUGACCUUCGAGACGGAUCUGGGUUGGGAUACUAUGGAACCAGUCACCUACUUGGUCAGCUUGUCCACGCUCAUGGGCGGCUACCUGUGGUUUUUAUACCAUAACCGAGAGAUCUCGUACCGGUCCGCGCUUGAUUUCACGAUCAGUGCCCGGCAGAAGAAACUUUACCAGCUGCACAAUGUCGACCUUCAAUUAUGGGAGUCUCUGAUUGACGAGGGCAACGCACUCCGUCGCGAAAUAAAGAACAUUGCAGCUGAGUACGAUGCCGAGUGGGAUGAACGUGCCGACGAACAAGAUGAGUCCGUUACCGAGGCUCUGCGAUCUGAGCGUCGCCACAAGAACGGCAAAAGUCGAGACAAAGACGGCGACGGCAAGGACAGCAAGGACGAGGACUGA